GUGCCCAUCACUGCCUCAUCAAUGCCACAUAUCAGUGCCUACCACAUAUCAGUGCCUACCAGUGCACAUCAAUGCCACCUUUCAGUGCCAGCCAGUGCCACCUAUCAAUACCAGUCAGUGCCACCUAUCAGUGCUGCCAGUCAGUGUCGCCUAUCAGUGCCAGUCAGUGCCGCCAAUCAGUGCGUAUCAGUUGCGCCUAUCAGUGCGUAUCAUUGCCACCUAUCAAUGCCCCUCAGUGCUGCCUAUCAGUGCCAGUCAGUGCCACCUAUCAGUGCCUGUCAGCACCACCUAUCAGUGCCAGUAAGUGCCGCCUAUCAG